AUGGGUUUGUGGCCAUUCUCAAGCGAGUCCCGCGCCGACGCCAUCCGCUCCGGCGAUGCCAUUCCCAACCGUCAAGAGCGCAAGAUCUGCUGGGCCGCUCGCGAUGCCUACUUCAACUGUCUCGACGCGAACAACAUUGUCGACGCUACCAAGGACCCUUCCGCUACCAAGCGCGCUUGUCCGACAGAGACGGUAGACUUUGAGCGGGAUUGCGCUGCUGCUUGGGUCAAGUACUUCAAGCAGUGGCGAGUAGCCGACAUCCAGAAGAAGCGACGUCUGGACGAAUUGAGGGCGCAGGGUGCGCAGGAGAUGACUGUCACAACGAGUUUUGCGCCCGAGGGCGGUGCUGGAGAGAAGGGCAAGGGCGUGGAUGAUAUCCAGGCCAUGCUAAAUAAGAAGAAAUAA